GUAAAAUAGGGAAAUGAAAGACAACUGACGUCACGUGCGAGUCAGGACAUGGAACAAUUGGCAGACCACAGUAACCAAGUGGUCAAGCUCAAGCUUUAGCUCAAAGGUCUGUCUCUUCAGGUUUUGUUUAUGAACCAAAUAAAAAACAAAACUUUACCGGAGAUGACGACGGAGCAAGCUUUGUUGUCUAUGGAAGCUUUACCUUUAGGUUUCAGAUUCAGACCAACGGAUGAAGAACUCAUCAAUCAUUACCUAAGGUUAAAAAUCAACGGCCGUGAUUUAGAGGUUAGAGUCAUCCCUGAGAUCGAUGUUUGCAAGUGGGAACCAUGGGACUUACCUGGGCUAUCGGUGAUAAAGACAGAUGAUCAAGAAUGGUUCUUUUUUUGUCCUCGUGAUCGAAAGUAUCCGAGUGGUCAUCGUUCUAAUAGAGCUACUGAUAUUGGUUACUGGAAAGCUACUGGGAAAGAUCGAACUAUUAAGUCUAAGAAGAUGAUUAUUGGUAUGAAGAAGACUCUUGUUUUCUAUCGUGGAAGAGCUCCUAGAGGAGAGCGUACUAAUUGGAUUAUGCAUGAGUAUCGUGCUACAGACAAGGAACUAGAUGGUACUGGACCUGGUCAGAAUCCGUAUGUUUUGUGUCGCUUGUUCCACAAGCCUAGUGAUAGUUGUGAUCCUGCACACUGUGAGGAAAUAGAGAAAGUUAAUUUUACUCCAACCACCACCACUAGAUGCUCUCCUGAUGACACAUCUUCUGAAAUGGUCCAAGAAACAGCUACAUCUGGUGUACAUGCUCUAGAUAGAUCAGAUGACACUGAGAGGUGUUUAAGUGACAAGGGCAAUAAUGAUGUGAAACCUGAUGUUUCAGUGAUAAACAAUACUUCUGUCAAUCACGCUGAAACUUCUCGUGCCAAAGACCGUAAUUUGGGCAAGACGUUAGUAGAGGAAAAUCCACUUCUAAGGGACGUUCCAACUCUUCAUGGACCCAUCUUGAGUGAGAAAUCAUAUUAUCCAGGACAGUCAAGCAUCGGUUUUGCUACAUCUCACAUGGAUUCUAUGUAUUCUAGUGAUUUUGGAAACUGUGAUUAUGGGCUACAUUUUCAAGAUGGUGCCUCUGAACAAGAUGCAUCUUUAACAGAUGUCUUGGAUGAAGUAUUCCAUAACCAUAAUGAAUCCUCUAAUGACAGGAAAGACUUUGUACUUCCGAAUAUGAUGCAUUGGCCUGGUAAUACAAGACUGUUGUCUACUGAGUACCCAUUUCUCAAAGAUUCUGUUGCUUUUGUUGACGGCAGUGCUGAAGUUUCCGGCUCACAGCAAUUUGUUCCUGACAUUUUAGCUUCUAGAUGGGUCAGUGAACAGAACGUUGAUAGCAAGGAGGCAGUAGAGAUUCUAUCUUCAACCGGGUCCUCUCGGACCUUGACGCCACUUCAUAACAACGUUUUUGGGCAAUAUGCUUCAUCGUCUUACGCAGCUAUCGAUCCAUUUAACUAUAAUGUCAAUCAGCCUGAACAGUCAUCCUUUGAGCAAAGCCAUGUUGACCGCAACAUUAGUCCCAGUAACAUUUUUGAGUUCAAGGCUAGGUCUCGAGAGAAUCAGAGAGAUCUGGACUCUGUUGUGGACCAAGGCACUGCUCCUAGAAGAAUUCGGCUGCAGAUCGAACAGCCAUUGACGCCAGUUACCAACAAGAAAGAGAGAGAUGCGGACAACUAUGAAGAAGAAGAUGAAGUACAAUCUGCCAUGUCCAAGGUCGUAGAGGAAGAACCGGCUAAUUUAAGUGCUCAGGGGACUGCUCAGAGGAGAAUCCGCCUGCAGACGAGAUUGAGGAAGCCUCUCAUAACCCUAAACAAUACAAAAAGAAACUCAAAUGGCAGAGAAGGAGAAGCAAGCCAUAGGAAGUGUGAAAUGCAGGAAAAAGAAGAUAUAUCAUCAUCAUCAUCAUGGCAGAAACAGAAGAAGAGCUUGGUGCAGUUUAGUAGUGUGGUGAUAAUAGUGGCGGUGAUAGUUGUUUUAGUAGAAAUAUGGAAAGAGUCAAGAGAUGCGAAAUGUAGCUUCUUGUUUCAUCAAUUAGAUUCCUUCAAAGGCAUGUUUACUUGAUGAUAUAUUGUGCCAUUCUCCAUGUUUUUCGUUUGUAUAAUCAAUCGCGUUUUAGUCUGUAUUUUUUCUCUUGUAGUGUUGAGUAAUGAAGCCAAAUUCUCUAGAAUCAUUAACAAGUAGCUUUCUUUUCCAUUUUUUGCAGUUCUAAGUUCAAACUACUUCUACGUGUGUGACCGAACCAAAUAAAAUUUUAUAUUUAGUUAUUAUAAAA